AUGAUCCAGCGCUCCGGGGCCGACGAAUUUUCCUCCGCCGACAUGUCCCCAGCUCGUGGCUCUCCCUUCAUCUGCGCAGCAGACCUGGCCGUAGCGACCAUGUGGGUAUCGUACGGCCUCUUCAACGGCCUGACAUUUUCCAAAUCCGCCAAGGUCUUCGCGCACGCAUGCCACAUGUCCGCCGCAAAAGAGCAAAGAGGUCUUCUUAUAAACUUUCCAGUCCCCAACGGCCCAAAGCUCCUCAUCCACGCCUUCUUUUUCGUCCUUACGCUCUUCUCAGCCAUGAAGAUCUUCGCCAUGAAAGGCGUGCCGUGGUCCCAGGUCUGGGCGGUGUUCUACUUCUCAGCAUACGUCGUCUCUUCCACUCUCCACUGGUUCGGCAACGGACCAGCCCUGGCAGAAUUCGACAAGGAACCAUGGCUCAAGCCCGACGGCGACGCCAUGAAGAGGUUGUUUGACAUUGCCGACGUCAUCUACUGUCUAGCGUACACGCUGCAAUUCUGUUGUUGGGUUGGCACCUUUACCAAGGUCCUUCAGCUGCCACAGUUUGCCACAAACCCAGCCCUCACAAACACGAUCUUGACCUCGCUCAUCGCCUUUUCCUUAACGGCCUCUGUCUUCGCCCCCGAGCACAUCCUGUAUCAGUUCUGGAGCCUCAGGAGAUGGAGGCGCAGAGAGUGGCAGUUCUUAGGCCAAUCGGCUUUCAUCAUCUUCCUCAUAAUGGGCGCUCCGAUUCCUGCCUUCAUCGCCCAGCGGUACGACGUGAGCCUGGUAGUGUUCGAUAAAAGAGCGCUGGAAAGCACCUGGACGUUUGUUUCUCGCCCGCUCGGAAGCCUCGCAAUCGCCGUUGCCGGAGUCUUCCUCGUCGCCUUCUUUGAUGCGACCGUUGCAUGGAUCUGUCGGCGCGUCUGGCCGCCCGACGACGUAAAAGCUUCAGAGGAGGAUUUGGAAUUUCAGUGGCAGAACGAUGGUGUAUUGGCGGACCGACUUAAUCCGCUGCUGUCAACGGCGCCCAGGAAGUGGAGGGAGAUCCUCUCAACGGCGUUUGGGUUGAUUAAUCUUACAUUUGCCGCAUUGUAUUAUGUUUUUGUUUUUGAUGGGACGGCGACUUAUAAACCUUCAUGGCUUGAGAAACUACCCUAG